CCGGCUUCAAUCUGGCCGAAGAGUCAUCACCACACUACGAAGACCCUCUCGUCGCUCCCCGUCCUCACAAGGUCCAACCUGAUCUCCCAGCGAACGUGCGUCAAUUGCCAUCACUUCCUGCUGAUCAUCUUGAAACAUUCGACUCAUCCAAAUUCAGAUGGCUCGCACGCUCGACGAAGUCGUCAUUUCUCCCUCACAGGAGACAUUUGAACGUGGCAGAUCCCCAGCUCUCAACCCAGCUCCUGGUUUUGCAAUGUCUCCUCGUUCACAAAGUCGAAGUCCCGCCCCUCCUGCUCAAGGCGGCGACUGGAAUCCGUGGGCACCUGCAGCGAUGGCUUCUGCGCCUUCGACCCCUCACUACCUCCCCAACGGUCACCAGCUGUACCAUACCAACACACUUCCUGCUUCCUUCUCUAAUCUCUCCUUAAACGAUGCACAGCAGCCAACUCGUUCUACAUCCAUCUAUUCUACCCAUGGCCCUCGAGGGCCUCCUCCACAACAGCCUGCCAACACCGCAGCCCCUCCUUCGCUCACUGCACCGCUUCCCACGAUCCCGAGCCUCCUUGCUCAUUUGCCUGCCAUUCAACAACCAUCGUAUGAUCCUGCUGCUAAGGUCGCCUGGUGCCGCGAUGUGCUUGCGCUUGUCGAUCGCGCCCAGCAGCUGAUUCAGUCCGAUUAUACUGAAGCUGCCAUUGACCCUCCUAUCGGGCCUGCUCGCAUCGAUGACCCCGAACUUCAGCGCCUUGUGGAUGUCGCUGUACCCCUCAUCAUCCAGCUCUCUUCCGUGCAGCAACCGACGAAGCAGCCCUAUGUUGCCGAGGCACUCUAUUUGCUGGCACAGUGCGAGUCGACCGGCGCGUACCCGCAAUACAUUCAACGCGACCCACGCAUGUCGUUCAGGCACUGCGAACAGGCUGCCAAAUCUGGCUAUCACCCUGCUUGGUUCAGGCUGGGUAGGGACUACGAGAACUUCAAAGACAACGAGCACGCCCGCCAGUGCUUCGAGCGUGGUGUCAAACGCGGUGUUGAGAGCUGCAUUUACCGAAUGGGUAUGGCAAACUUGAUGGGACAACUUGAUCUUCCGGUCAAUGCCGAGUCCGCCUUGCCCCUUCUUCAUCGCGCGGCUACGCUCGCGACCAUUGAGGUGCCUCAGCCUGCCUAUAUCUACGGUCUCCUUCUUCUAAACGAAUUUGCUCAUGUCAACAUCCCUCCUGAGCUCUUUGCGCCGUAUAUUCCGGCAGGUUCUAGCCCUCAAUUGGAGGCACGCAAGCAUUUAGAGCGUGCGGCAUAUCUGAACUUCGCCCCCGCUCAGUACAAGCUCGGACACGCCUACGAGUUUGCGAUGCCGCCUUUCCCCUUCGACGCUCUCCUGAGCGUCCAAUACUAUUCGCUAGCGAGCCAGCAAGGCGAAGACGAGGCAGACAUGGCUUUGAGCAAGUGGUUCUUGUGUGGAUCAGAAGGUGCUUUCGAGCGCGACGAAGCGCUGGCGUGGACGUUUGCAGAAAAGGCGGCGAGAAAGGGCCUCCCAAGCGCUGAGUUCGCGAUGGGCUACUACGCCGAGGUGGGUGUGGGUGGUCCGAAGGACAUUGAAGUGGCUCAGAAGUGGUAUACGAGGGCCGCUGAGCACGGCAAUGUUGAUGCUUCAGACCGUCUCAAGGCCUUGUCUCAGCCACAACCGGACGCCUUGUCUCGCGAGCAGCACGAGACGCUCGCCGACACUACUAUCGUCCGCAAGCGCACACUAGCCAGGCAGCGUUCGGAGGCUCGGCGUGGAGUGGGCGGCCCACGCCCUCAGGCCGGUCCCGCUGCCCAAGGUCGGGAGCUCGUCAACAACUUGCGCCAGCAACACCCGAUGGACCCACGUGCAGGUGCGAGGUCUCCGGCGUCUCCUGGUUUCGCGCCUCCUGGUGGCUACCCGCCGAACGGCGUUGUACCUCCGAGUGCUUCGGCGCCACAGCUCAACGUAUCUGGAGGAUAUCCUACGCGUGCCCCGGGUCAGAUUCCCCCCAGUGCAUCCACUCCGCAGCUCGUCCCAGGCGGAGCCCCCGGACAAGGACAAGGUGGUCUUGCACCGCCGCGCCCAUUCGCUAAUGCCACGCGGUACAGUUUGGUCGACCCUGGUGCUUCUCCCGCCCAGACACGUAAUCCCAGUCGACAGAACUCGACCAGUAGCCAGAAGGAAGCAGAGGCCCCUGCCGCGCCUGCGGCCCCUAAGCCACCAGCUCCCAGGACAUUCGAGGAAAUGGGAAUUUCGACUGCAAAAUUGGAAGAGAAAGAAUGCAUUAUCAUGUGAGGGAAUGGCGAGUGUCUUCUGUCUGGUGCUUUCAGCGUUUUCGAAAGAGUAAUCUUGUGCUGAUUCUCGUGGACGUCUCGCAUCUAAUCAGUUAUGGCCGUGGAUCACCCUCAUGGAUAGUCUCAGUAAUCUCCAAAAUUCG